UUGUUCGCAGACAUGAAACUUCUGCUGAAGUUAAAUGUUUAUAGUUCUUCAUUGUUUCCUCUUGGAAAAAUUCGGACAUUUUUCGCUGUAUUGCCAUUUUUAAUGCCAUUUGAAGUUUUUUGUAUUUCUUCGAAAUGGAAUAUCAUUUUAAGAAAGUUCUAAAUUGCGCGCGAAGUUUAAUUUAUUAUUCGUUCGCUUUAGUGAGAAUUAAAUCUUUUUUUGACAGAAUUUGGAUCAGGUGGAUACUGAAUAAUGUUUCAUAAAAGUAAGAUUAAUGCUAACAUUUAUCAUGAACCUGAUAUUUUUAUGAAUAUUUCCUUAAAAUUUUUCGAAAGUAACUACUCUAGAUUUUUACUGUAAAAUUUUAUAGCACUUAACUUGAUUUAUUUGUACAAACAUAUAAGGUUGGUAAUUUAUGCGUACAAAUUAUGCUUUUUUAAUUAACAAUUGACAAUAAUGAGAAUAAGAAGCUUUUGUUUUUUUGAAGUUGCUAUUAAAUUACACGAUGUCAGUAAGUUGCAAAAAAUAUUACAUUUCAUUUUCAUGUUAAAGUUAUUAUUAAGUUAAUUAUCGCGUUGAAUUCGAUGACUUGCUGAACUGUAAAAAGUAUUUUAAGAUAAAUAUUUUAGGUAAAUCUUUUAAUGUAGAUAAUUUCUGAAUAAUAUUCGCUAGCGGAGAAAAAAGGAGAUAACAUUAGACGGCGAAAUAUUUCUAUAUGUAUUUCGGUUUAGAGAUACUUGCAAAAGUACUCUAUAGAAAGUAACUAGUAUUAGAUCCGAUUAAGUGAUAAAAAGCAAACAUUUAUCCAAAAUUAAAAUACUAUCAAAAUAUCGCUGAAAGUUACAUUUUUCGACUGACAAUUUUUUUCAGACUAUUUCGUUAGUGAAAUGCUUUUGAAACGUCAAUCUUUCAAAAAUUGUACGUUGAACAUAACUAAAUUAGAGAAAAUUUGUUAUUGAUGAAUACUAAAUGCCUGAAGAACUAUGUUUUUAAAAACCUCUUAAAAGCAGCAUACUUCAAUUUAAAAACAUUUAUCACGGUCAGUUUCAUACAGUGCAUAAAAUAAAUAAGUUUUAAUUUAUGAAAAGCACCUUAGUAGUUCAAAGCAUUAAAUGACUCUACGCAAUAUUUUCCUAACACGCGACGACACACUUGCGGAAUAAAGUAUUUUUCGUGAAAGACAAACAACUGAUUCAGAACAAAUAUGGAUGAAGCUCAAAACUUUUCGAACGUGACUUAUUCUAUCAAUGACAUUCUUGAAUCUUUGGAAGCCCUGGGGCCUCAGAUGCAAAUAUUUCUCAUCACACUGUACUCUUUGACUGCGCUGAUGGCCCUAGGCGGCAACGCAACAGUCAUCGUGGUCCUGCUUCUAGGAAAGCGAUCCUCACGAGAAUUAAGGACAUUUCUCAUCAAUUUGGCCGUUUCUGAUGUUUGCAUGGCACUAUUUUCUAUACCCUUCACGUACACUGAUUUCAUGCUCGGACGAUGGAUCUUUCACCCGAUAUUCUGCCCUUUCGUCCAGUUCAUGCAACAUGUGUCCGUUGUGGCAAGCGUCUACACACUUACAGCAAUUGGCUUAGAUAGAUAUUAUGCCAUAAUGUACCCCUUGAGCUUGAGAUGGACUAAGUCCCGUGGUCCAGUAAUCAUGACGGUGAUAUGGGGAUCUGCUAUUGGACUUUCCAGUUUUCAAUUUAUCCAUGGAAAAGCAGAGAAAUUCACUGUAAGAGGAUACGAGUUUUAUGACUGCACGGAAGUAUGGGAGGAACUGGAUGGAAAGGUUUAUACGGCUUCAGUUUUCAUAAUCACUUUCAUAUUACCCAUGUUGGUGCUGACUUUUACAUACAGUAGCAUUGGGUGGAAAAUGUGGCGACACACCUCUCCAGGAAAUGCAGACGCUUCUCGGGAUCACCAACAAUUAAUGGCAAAAAUAAAGGUGGUGAAAAUGAUGGCAACUGUUGUUAUUCUCUUCGCAGUUUGCUGGCUACCCAUUCAUGUGUUCAACUUGCUUAUCUAUUUUGAUCGACUGUCCAUCAUGCCUGUCACAGAUGCACAGUUUCAACAUUUUACAGCGGCAUUCUUUUCCUGCCACUGGAUUUCAAUGGCGAACAGUUUUGUAAAUCCCAUCAUAUAUUGUUUUAUGAGUGAGAACUUUAGGACGGAUUUGAAGCAGUUAGUCUUUUGCUGCUGCUGCACACACAAGCCCCAUAGAACUGCUGGUCGACUGAAGAAUCACAGCGACCACAGCUCAUUUCGCACAACCACACUUGUCAUGUCAUCUUGCUCUGUAAAAAAUGUAUCGAACUCUAUACCCCUGAGGAGUUUACAUGUUGAUAUGUACAAUAAAUGAUUUUACUUCCCCAUGUCAAAUGUAUGUAACCAA